UUUUAAAGUUUUCAUUGCAUUUUCAUUUUUGGCUAGUUUUGGGUGUUCUUAUCAUGUAAUGUUAGGUGACGUCUAUCUGUCAGUGUCAUUACAACUAUGAGUCGUCGUGCUUUCAGAAAUGUCCAGGUGAAUUUAAGCUGAAUUACUUGAGAUGAUACUUACUCAACUUAUUGUAGUAUUUCGUUUUGAAGAUCGUGCACAGUUAUCACCUGACAUAGCAGAAAUAUUGAGUAUUUCAUUGCACAUGCAGCUAUGAAAGGAAAAGAAGAAAAAAUAAUGUUAUCAAGCCAAGGAUCUGUUAAAGAUGAAGUCACUUCAAAAUCAAGAACAAGAACAAAACUUAAACAGCUGUUGACAGAAAAAAGUGAGGAAUGGGAAGAAAUGUCAAGACUGAAACAGGAUGAUCUUCGGUUUCUAUCCAGUCCUACAAAAAUGUCGAAAAGAAAUUCUAACAGUGCAGCUCAUAAUGAUUGGAGUGUAGCAAGUGGCAAUAGUAAUAUGGGCUUUAUCGUGGAAGAUCAGGAAAGCAACCUUGGCACUGAUGAAACUGACAUUCAAGAAGUGGAUUCAAAGAUAAAACCAAGAAGCUCUGGAUAUUUCAUGGUAGAACAGGAAACAGAUCAAGAAUGUGUUAAAAAAAAUGAUACUCCUGAAGGCACGUAUUCUCAAAAGAUGGUAGACUCUUCAAAUGAGUUUGUCAUCAUGGCUAACCAAAGUCCAAGAAAAAGGAAGAAGAAGAAGCCUCUACAAGAUAAUUCUGUUGAAAUGGAUACAUUUGAACAGAAACAUAAUAUAAUUAGCAAAGAAAAAAAUCCAGAAAAAAAGAAAUCAAAAAGUAAACAGAAAUUAAAAAGUAAAGAUACUGGAGAAAAGCCUGGGAAUGUUCCAUUAGAAGCUGUUAAUGAGGCUAAACCAUCAGAAAGGCACAAUAACCCCAUCCUCGGAAUUAUAGUCCAUCAUAGUGACCAACUAAAAUCUGACCCACUUUUGUCAAAUCCUGCAGUAAGAAUCCAUAUUGUGGACAUGAAUUCGGGAAAGUACUUGAAGAAACUACAUGAAUCUAGGCCAGUUGCAUUCUACUAUGAAACUCAACGUAAUGUGGAUUACAUUUUGCCAAUGAUGACACAGCCUUACGAUAUUUGCAAGAAAAAAUCUCUCACCCCAUUUUGGGAAGAAUUAUUGAUCUGGAAUGAAGACUUCGACUAUUUUCUUCAAGAUGAUCCAAAAACUCUAGUCAUUUUUGAGAUUCUUGAUGUCAUCUCUUCAUCUAGAUUGGGUAGCCAGUUUCGUUAUCUCCAGGGGAAUCAGGGUUGCUCCAAGAUUGCCUGGGCUUUUCUAAAGCUUGUGGGAGCCAAUGGAUCCCAUAAUACAGAAAGGAAAGUUCGUCUUCAGUUAUACAGACCACCAUUUCGCAGUUUUCAAUUACGACAGGGAUCUGUAGAAGUCUAUCAGUGGUGGUCACGCCUGUCUAGAGUUAUUUAUCCAGCAACCCUCUAUGUUACUGUCAAGUCCCUGGUUCCACCAGAAGCCGUUGAACCUUCCCUUCGAUCCUUCUUACCUAUGCAACAGGAGAGUGGGCACACUACAUUUGAAGAUAUGCAACAGAAGUUGAAUAGUUCAGCUGUUACAACAUACUCUAAUGGAGAGUGUGUGAUUUCUACUAAGAAGAAAUCAACAGCUUCAGCCUUGUUGGAAUGGAUGAGGCUUCCAGGUCAAGCAUGCAAAGUUCCUAGCACCCAGAUACUUCGGCUGCCGUCAUCUCAGAGAGGUUGUUUUGUUGUCAAGUUUUCAAACAAUGGGAGGAGACUAGCAGCAGGAUGUCUGUCUCUAAAAGCCUGUGAAAUUGUGUUGUAUGAGAUUCCUUCAGGGAACCAGGAAACAAAAUUUUCUGGUCACUCGGGGAAUAUUUAUGACUUGGACUGGUCUUCAGAUGAUUGUUAUCUUCUUUCUGCUUCUGCUGAUGGAACUGUUAGAAUUUGGAACACAGAAACACUGUCGUCAUUUCCUCUUGCUAUCUUGCCACAUCCAUCCUAUGUUUACUCUGCUAGAUUUCACCCUCACAUUUCAAAUAUUGUGGUCUCAGCUGGCUUUGACCAUGUGUUAUGGGUGUGGAAGAUGCUAUCUCCUGGUGAGGAACAACCUGAAUUAGUUCAAGAAUUAGAAGGCCAUCACAGCAUGGUGAAUUCACUCUGUUGGGACUCUUCCCAGAAUAAACUAUAUUCUGCUGAUGGUGAUGGAAUGAUCAUAGCUUGGAAAGCUGGACCUUGUACAGAGAAUGAAUACAAGCAGUGGACUAAAGAAAAGGUUGUCAAUCUUCCAGAAUUGAAAGGUGUCCCUUUAAAUUCUCUUUCUUUACACCCUUCCAGAAGAAAGUUAUUAGUAAGCUGUAGAGAUGGAAGUCUGAGGUUAAUAGACAUGAAUGUAGAUAUAGUUGUUCAACAUUUUACUGGCAUUGUCAACUUUCAUCACUUGCUGAGAGCUUGUCUGUCACCAUGUGGUGGAUUGGUGUUUUCUGGUGGAGAGGAUGGUCCAGUACAUGUGUGGAACACAAAUACAGGAGACAAGUUGACAGUGUUUACAAACCUUCCAUAUAAACAGCCUGUGACAUGUGUUGACUAUCACCCUUUGGAACACAUGUUUGCCAUGUGUGCACCAGAAGAAGAGGCUCCUGUUCUGGUGUUUAAAUACAGUCCUAAAGAGGCCUUAUUAGGUGUUGGUAUAACACCCAAGUCUUCUACACCUAAACAUUCUAUGUAUGCUUCUCAAUCUGAAACGUCUAGUCCAGCAGCUAGUCCAGAAAAAGGACAAGUGUCAAGAGCUGAAAUAACACAAUUGACUUCUACACCUGUAAUAACUAAGCUUACUUCUGAUUUUAGACAUCUUAGUCCAGCUAUUAAACAAGUAGGACAACAAACUUCAGACAGUCCGAAGAAGCAGUCUGUUUCCAUAGAAAGAGAAAAAUCAAUUGUCACCAGUGGCAACUCGUACAAUUCCACCAUACGUAAAAGCAUAACGUUUGAUCCAGCAAUAGACAGACAUUCUCGCCUGAAGCAAGUUUUGCAUAAAUUGGAUUCUGUCUUGAUGGUUACAACCACAAGUGAGACAGGAACAUAUGUCCCAUCUCUAACUUCAAACCAAAGUGAUGUUCACAGUUUUGAUUCUACUUUACUGGGAUCAACUUCUCUCGAUACAAGAAGAUCCUCUUUGUUACAGCCAAGAAGUCUCAUGUCUGACUUUCAGCAUCCUGAAAGCCACAAUAAGUCACAAAAGUUUGUAGCCCUCUAUGAUUACCAACCUGAACGGCAAGAUGAGAUGAAGUUGAAGAAAGGCUGUAUGGUAACUGUGCUGGAUCAUGAAAACCACCAUUGGUGGUAUGGUGAAGGUGACUCUGGGAAGAAAGGGUACUUUCCAGCCAACUAUAUCACCCCUUUAGAUGUGGGUUUAGAGGACUCUGAUGUGAUAGAGGAGGACAGUACUGAAACUUAUACAGCGGUUCUUACAGAAAGUGGAAAACUGAACCUUGUAGCUGCUUCUAUAGAAGAAAAAAAAGCUGUGGAAAAUCCAAGGAUGCAUAGCAGACAAAAUAAAUCUUCAAAGAAAACAAGAAGGGGCACAAGGAAAGAACAAUAAUACUACAAUUCUCUAGUCGGUAAUCUAAGAAGAUGAAUAAGAUUUCAAAACUCUUUUUAAUAAUUCAAACAGUUCCAUACUCUCUAGUGUAAUCAAUGCACAAAAUACCACUGUUAGUGGUUUAUAAAUCACUUUAUUAACAGUGUAAAGGAACUUUAUCUUCUCCGGGUACUUAAUUUUGAAGAGAUUACAGAUCAUGAGAUUAUUUUUCCAGCUGAUAUAUGUUACUUUACAAUGUCAACCGUACUUGUGAUGUGAAUUUUGUAAAUAAUAUAUGAAAUGUUUUACAAUUAAAUGUAAUAAUUAUUUAUUAAUAAAUAUAUUAUUAUCAAGAUUAGCUAUGAUGUUGUAAUUACCAUAUUAGUGACAUAUCCAUAACUCUGGAAAGAACCAUGAAAGUCUUAUCAGCAUUAUAAUGAUAUUGCAUAAAGGGGGAUUUUAAUCUAAUGAAUAUAUUUUUCUUCAGUAUGAACGUUCCCUGUUCAUAGAAAAUUCCUAAGAGACAUAUCUAUUUUUAACAUGUGUUGCUCAAUAAACCAUACAGCUGUGUUGGAUUUGAUUCUUAAUUAUGGAACCUGAGCAAUAGCUCGGCAAUUAUCAAACUUAUUUUAACAAACAUACAUUUAUACUUAAUAUUGUGAUCAGCUUUCCAUUCUUUUUGUAAAAUGUACUAAGGUAUAGAAAGGAGAAGGCAUAUUAUCUGUCCUUUAUUGGCCUUGUUUAUGGAUACCAAUUUUUAUCAUCUAGGUUUUUCUGUUAUGUAAUGAAUUAUGUCAUUGAAAAGCACAAGAAACAUUUUGUUGCAUGUAGUUUGUUACCCACAGAAGUUGAGUUUGAUACUUAAUGACGACUCUGAGAGAAUAGAAUAGCGUACUGUUGUAUGAUAUAUAUUUCAUUCAACUCUUUGAAAGCAACUCAUGGAGGACAGAGACUUUGUUUUGAAUUGUAUUGAUUUAAUGUGAAAUAAUUUGUAAGUUGCAACUAUUUGUUUUUAUACUCUUCAGUAGUUAGUUUUAAUUUUCUGAAUGUUCAAACCUUUUGAAGAAUUCUACACUAAUCUCUCCUGUAUAAAUUAAGUAUUAUUGCUCUGAAAAUGUAAAAGCUGAAAAAAUGUAUUAAUAAAAGGAAACUUGAUCCUACAGGAAGCUAGAAGAUAUUGUAGUAAGAUUCCUACGUUUUACACAUUUUUAAUGAUGUUCUGUAUGGCAAAUUCUAUAAAGAAUUUUCCAAAGUGGAUGAUAAAAGGUUUAGAGAUGCUGAUACUAUGAGUGGUAAAUUUUAUUAACCAUUUAAAGUAUGACCUCACUAUGAUUCUAUACAUUCUAAGCAAGAGAUGUAUUAUUCUAUCUAAUUUAGUUUUAGAGGAAGGAACAAAUUUAACAU